AUGUCAGAGUUUGUUUCAAAGACCGAAGUGGUUACAGAUCCCGACGCAUCUAGUAUACCUUAUUGUAGCAUGGCAAACACAACACACGUCUCAUUCGGCAUAAUCCAGGGUUACCUCGAGUCUGACUGGACCGGGGGCAAGAUUGCCACCAAUUCCACCGAUAUCGGCGACAUCCCUCGUGUAGGCGUUCUGAACAUGCCUCGCAUCCCGAGCGAUGGCUGA